CAUUCUAAAGGGAUCCCAGAACUUGACGUUGAUAAAUCAUAACCAACCGACCAUCAUCGUAUCUACGCAGUCAACCACUUAUCCACCGAUGCCUGUUAUCCGACGUCGUUCCGAUCAUCUUCUUCUUCUUCAUUAAUCAUCGGAUCUCAUCAAUUUUGCCCUAAUUUAUUCCUCCAAGAUGCGUCGUGCUUCCUCCAAGAAAACUUCUUCUAAUUCAACCACCUCCACUAAUUCUUCCGCCAUGGAUCUAUUCCGCUCUGCUUCAGGAAAGGCUGCAACCAAGGAACUGGAACGAAUUGAUCAGUUAUUCUAUUCAUAUUCGAAUGAGUCUUCUGGUAUGAUUGAUCCAGAAGGAAUAGAGUAUCUGUGUUCUGACCUAGAAGUUGAACACACAGAUGUACGGAUAUUGAUGCUUGCUUGGAAAAUGCAGGCGGAAAAGCAGGGAUACUUCACCCUGGAAGAAUGGCGAAAAGGCCUGAAAGCAUUACAUGCUGAUACUAUAGUUAAAUUAAAAAAGGCACUCCCGGAGCUGGAGAACGAGGUCCGUAGGCCAUCGAAUUAUGUGGAAUUCUAUUCUUAUGCAUUUCGAUAUUGCCUAACAGAGGAAAAGCAAAAGAGCAUAGAUAUUGAGAGCAUAUGUGAAUUAUUGGAGCUUGUUUUGGGGUCUCAGUUUCGUCAGCAGGUUGAUUUAUUCAUUCAGUAUCUAAAGACACAGAUUGAUUACAAGGUCAUAAACAUGGAUCAAUGGAUGGGGUUCUAUAGAUUCUGCAAUGAGAUAAGUUUUCCAGAUUUCAACGAUUAUGACGAGGAACUCGCCUGGCCUCUGAUUCUCGACAACUUUGUUGACUGGGUGAAGUCAAAGCAGAGCUGAUGAAAUAUGAUAAAGAGCAAAGCGAAAUUCGUGAUCUGGCUUCAUUAAUUUUAUAGUCUUAAAUCAAUGUCCAGGAUUGUGCUAAACAACAUAUGUUGCAUGAAAAACAUCCUCCAUCUGUUUGUCAACAUUUUAUAUUCUAUUGUAGAGGAAAUGAGUGUUUUUUAAUAGCUUUUAA